CGCGAGGAGCCGAACGCGAGCUGGCUCUGUCGGGUAUAGCCUCAGUGUACUGUUCACACUGAGCAGCCCACCUUCCUAUUUGCGCAAUGCAAAAACUGCUCCUCAUCGCACUCUCGAGCGUCGCAGCGAUUCGACUCCAGCGGACCUCGCCGCCGCCUCGCGUGCCGGGAUUCGCGUGCAUACCUGUGCCGAUCGAGCGCCUCGUCGCCCCAGGGCAGCGUGAGAUGAUGCACGUCUAUGAUGCAUCGUCGCUCGCGGUUCUGCGGCACGCGCAGGCGUACUCCAACCUCACGUACGGGCAAGUCGUCAUCGACGCGGCGGCGGCGCGCGAGCGCCGCUUCGCUGUCGAGGAGAUUGGCAGCCGCGUGAGGGUGGUUUCGAUGGCUCCGUCGCAGCACGUGGCGCGCGACGGCACCACGUCUAGCUCUAUGAUGUGCGAGGUGCUCGGCAUCGGUUUGCUCACCGUCGGCGAGGUGCUAAGCAAAAUGCCAUUCAUGACGGUCGAGUGCGCCGAGGACGGCUGCCCGCUCAACGGCGACCGGCUGCUGGAGGAGUGGGAGCCUUUGCCGGCGAUCUCCUACGCAGCGCUCGCUGCGUCGGCCGCUGAGUGCGAGCAUCUCGAGUCGGUGGCGAGCUACAAGGGUCCGCUCACGCGGGGGGCGGAGGCUGAUUUGCGCGAGGCUGACGCCGCGCGCGGGAUCGACGGCUGCGUGUCGCAGCUGCUCGAGCUGCGCGGCUGCAGCGCGCCGAGUGAGGCGUGCCGCCUCCUGCUCGCCGCGUUUGCGGCGACGGCCCACCUGCGGGGGGAGGUGCGGCUGGAGGCGAUGCGCCUGGCGGGGCGCGGCGACGCUGCGGCGGCGGUCGAGGCGGUGGCGGCGGCGCUCGAUGAGGAGGCGCGGCGGAGGAGGGCGAUGAAGGCGCUCGCGGGCCUCGCCGCGGGCGGCGACGCGUAGGUUGGAUUGAUUGGCGUGCGCCUUACUGUUCGCCUUUCGCACAGGCAUGUUUCUUUCAUGUGUGCGCAUGAUUCCAAAGAAAAAGGAGCGUUG